AUCUCUGGUCCAAAGAUGUCUUAAGCAAUGCGGUUUGUGUUCUGUGUGUGUGUGGUAAGAUUUGUUUGUGUAUACUACGAGCAGUAAGAGACUAAGUGGGGAACGCUGUGAAGGGAAGAGAAGAGAAAGGGUGUUAAUAAAAUGAAUCAAGCAGAUAUUUCGAAGGUAGUUUCGCGUCUCAGAAUUCCCGUCAAACCACGGCACAGGAACUUAAAGAAUGUGGAAGGCCCUGAAGGACGAUUAAAGAAACUGCGUAAGACGGUUACUGCGCUCGUAAAGUUUGAGAGAAUCGAAUUAAAUUACAACAGAGCAGAUGAAGCCAGAGGAUAUGCCGAACGUCUCAUAUCCGAGGCUAUUAGGCACGGCGACUGUCAUAAACCUACGAUGGAAAUUGCCGAUUAUUGGUUAUUAGAGAAGCAACUUGUUCACAAACUCUUCAAAGUUCUGGUACCGCGAUAUAAGGAUUAUACAAUUUCAUACACGCGACUGCUACCAGCACCGACAAUCUAUCCAGGAUCGCACUUAGCCAGAUCUGUUUUAGAACUUAGAGGUAAUAUCUACCCUCCUUUGGUGCCAGAUACGACCUCAAAUCGUGGCCUCCUGCACAAUGUUCUACUGGAUGAGGCACGACGAGAGUUUCGCGCCAAGAAGUACGCCGAGAUAGCUGCUUCUGUAGGGAAGAGUUCUGUGAAAACCCCAUCCUCGCACACAGAGGCACCUGUGAAAGACUCCAGUGUGUCUUCUGGUGAAAGUCCAUCUUCAAAACCUGAGGAAGAUGCUCAUCCAUCAGCUGUAUAGUGUGGCUGCCAGUUAACUGUGUGUAAUUUUUUCUAGUUGCAGAGCAGGUCUCAAAACAUAUGUAGUUAUAAAAAAAAGAAAACUUAUAUGCAGUCACAUAAUUGGCAGUUUUACUUACAUAUAAUUUUUUAGGUCAUUGUAAGAGUGAUCUGUCUUUGAGCGAUUGAUUGUUUUUCACCAUUCAGCUAGGUAAUUUUGUAAAGAGACUACAAGAAAAAAUGUUUCUGCUACAUGCAGCUUUUCUUCCUAUACUACUGCUAUACUACUGAACUGUUUCGAAAAUGUGUGUGUUGUGUAAAUAAAUUAUUAGACUGUU